UAGCAGCCGUAUCUAUCUGAUUUUUCUUCAACUCCUCGGUUUUUAGGUGGCGGCCAACCAAUUCCAGCCCAACUUCCCCAGAAAAUAACAAAAUAGUUAUCUUGGAGACAUAAAUUAUCCGUAGUAUCUUCUGGGUUAUCCCUGUAAAACAAACAGGUAAUCCCAUUCCUCUUCAGAUUAAGACCCACAGCCACAUAAUGUCUCUUGCGGCCAUUUCCACCCUCAUCCUCCUCCUCCUAUCAUCGCUUGCCGCCUCAUCUCCCGCCGCCAUCGCCGAUGAUACUCCGACGGCGUAUGAGGUCCUCGCGGGAUACAACUUCCCAAUUGGUAUCCUCCCUAAGGGCGCGACAGGGUACGAAUUAGACACAGGCACGGGUAAAUUCCUCGCCUAUUUGAACGGUUCGUGCAGCUUCGCUCUGGAAGGUUCCUAUCAGCUGAAAUACAAAUCAACAAUCAGUGGUUACAUAAGCCAAAACAAGCUCACAAAGCUGACUGGCAUAAGCGUGAAAGUGCUUUUCUUGUGGUUGAAUAUUGUGGAGGUGGUUAGAAAUGGAGAUGAUCUUGGAUUUUCCGUUGGGAUUGCGUCGGCGAAUUUCCCUAUUGAUAAUUUCUACGUGUGCCCGCAGUGUGGGUGUGGAUUGAAUUGCAAUAAUGUGAAGGUAAGCAACCUUAGAACCAACCCCUUUGUUUCCUCAACUUAGGGUUUCCAAAUAGAACAGUUUCUUGGAGGAAUCUUUUAAUGCUAUGUGGUAAUUGGAUAUUCCAUGAUCCGAUGUUUCUGUCACUGGAUGGGGUAUGACUUGAUUUGGGUCUUGUUUGUUUACUGGAAAUUGUUGAAUCUCAAUAUUGAGAUAAAGAACAUUUACAUAUUUGGUUUAUGUGCAUAUUCGAAUUAUGUGUUUUUCUA